GACUAAUUGGUGCAUUGAAGCCGAUGAUGACAGAAAAAGACAAACCGUUGAAAUCCGUGCCAACUUCCUCUGUUUCUCUCUCUCUCUCUCUUCUUCUCUACAUCCUUUUCGCCGUCUAGUUCUUGGAAAGGGAUUGGAGGCUCGAUUUUGUAAUUCAAUGCCCCAACAGAUUUCAUCCUCUUUUGCAUCUCUAGAAAAUUUGGACAUCAAAAUUCAUCGUUUCUUUCCGGUGUUGACUGAUUUUCACUUUCAGCAUUUCUUUUGGCGAUUUGGAAGGUUAUGUUUCCAAGACUUGUGAAUCCUGACGGAGAUAUCCAGAUCCAUGGCAGCCGUGGUUCUGUUGCUUCCGACCUCACUCAUCCCCACAGGGGCGAUCCUUGUCUCGUUUUGACUUCAGAUCCCAAACCUCGACUCCGAUGGACUGCCGAUCUUCACGAGCGAUUCGUCGAUGCUGUCACUCAACUCGGUGGUGCUAACAAAGCUACACCAAAAGCAAUAAUGCGAACAAUGAAUGUGAAAGGACUGACUCUCUUCCAUUUGAAGAGCCACCUCCAGAAAUACAGAUUAGGUAAGCAAUCAGGGAAGGAUAUGGGUGAGGCCUCUAAAGAUGGUGCAUAUCUUUUAGAAAGUCCAAGUAUCAGUAAUUUCUCUCCUGACUUGCCAAUUUCUGAAAUGACCGAUGGUUAUGAAGUCAAGGAGGCAUUAAGAGCACAAAUGGAAGUGCAAAGUAAGUUACAUCUGCAAGUCGAGGCAGAGAAGCAUCUACGAAUUCGUCAGGAUGCCGAGCGAAGAUAUUUGGCGAUGCUUGAGAGAGCUUGUAAAAUGCUUGCAGAUCAAUUCAUUGGAGGUGCGGUUUCGGACUCGGACAGCAAGAAGUCUCAAGGACUAGAUCAUAAGAGCCCGAGAAGUUCCUCGAUUGACCCACUUGGUUUCUAUGCUUCGCAGUCACAGGGGAUGGAAAGAGCGAAUGGCACAGAAGAAUUGCAAGCUAAUCCUCCUUACCAAAGGGCUGAUUGUUCGACCGAAAGCUGCCUAACCUCGAACGAAAGUCCUGGGGGAUUGACUAUGGAGAAAUCUCCCGUGGCAAGCAAGAAAAACAUAGUUAACUUGGAUUCAGCAAAUGCAUCUUUGAUUUGGGAUGAAGCUAGGGAAGGAAUACAAGAUGCUAAUAUCAUCCAAAUUAAUCAUCACGGCGUAUCUGAGUGCGACAUGUGGGGAUGAAAUUCUACAGACAAAAACUCAUCAUGAUUCAUGAAAAGUAUGUUCUAUUUUCAACUUUGUAAAAAAUUUAGCAUGAACUGAGCAAGAACAUUCCCUAGCUUGUAAAACCAAGCCAUUUAGUUCGUAGACAACUCGUCGAAAUGCAUGUAGUUAGCCAUUCUUUUUGCUGUCCGAACAAACAUAGUCGAUUCCUAUCCAGCUUUUAGCCGAUUUGAUUCGAUUCGAUUAUCAGGAUGUAA